CAACAACAAUGCAUGUCAAGCAAAGUUUCUUUACCACACACCAAAGAAAUGGCUGCUGUCAAAGUUAUCAAGAAGCACACCAAGCCUUUCAGACGCCAUCAGUCUGACCGCUUCCACCGUGUCGGUGAGUCAUGGAGAAAGCCCAGAGGUAUUGACAACUGUGUUCGUCGCCGUUUCAAGGGUGUCAUUCGUAUGCCCAAAAUUGGUUAUGGUAACAACAAGAAGACCAGAUACUGCAUGCCCAAUGGCUUAAAGGCCUUCCUUGUUCGCAACGUUGCUGAUGUCGAACUUUUGUUGAUGCACAACAAGACCUACGCUGCUGAGAUUGCUUCUAAUGUUUCUGCUCGUAAGCGUGUCGAAAUUGUUGAAAAGGCCCGUGCUCUUGGUGUUAAGGUCACUAACGCUGGUGCCAAGGUUCGCUCUCAGGAGUAAAUAGAUUUGAUCCUAGUGCAGUGAAUGGAAAAGUACUUGGUAUUGGAUUUUUCAUAUGCUUACAUUUCGCAGCAUAAGUAAAAGCUGCUGUUAGGGAAAUUUGUAAAGUGUACUCAUAUACAAAA